GGUGGGACAAGAAAGAAUUAGAACAGGAUCGUAGGCUCUAUAUAAAAUGGCACACAUGGAUUGAUUCAUAGAUACCAACUCUGUGCAUAAUUCAGGGUUUGUCUCUAGAAACCAACAGGCCAUUCUCUCUGUUUCCGAUUUGGUUUGCUGCAUUUCAUUUCAUGGGUUCUUUGUUCGGCAACUGGCCCUCAUAUGACCCUCACAACUUCAGCCAGCUCCGACCCUCGGAUCCCACUACUCCUUCUAAAAUGACUCCUACAACCUAUCAUGCUACCCACAACCGGACCCUUCCGCCACCCGAUCAAGUGAUAACUACUGAAUCCAAGAACAUUCUUCUGAGGCACAUGUAUCAGCAGCAUGCUGAAGAGAAGUUGAGACAAAAGCGAGCUGCAUCAGAAAACCUUUUACCAGAGCAUGGAUCAAAGCAACUUAAGGGUUCUGUCUCAGAUAAGUCCUAACAAGCAAAACUGCCUUUAUCACUUCCAACUGCUCAUUUGUUCUCACAUGGAUACUGGAAGUUCAGCAUUCCCAUCAGUGUGAAUAUUAGUGUCACAGGCAAAAGAUGUGUAGACUGUACCCUGUCGUAGAUAGAAGGGGUAUUUGAUUGCACUUAGUUGUAAAAGUUGCUUCACUAGACAUGUAGACUUGCGUGUACGAAUUAGAUUACAGCUUUAAACAAAUAAAAUGAAUAGUUACAAGGUUUGCUUGUGUUCUGGUUCUAUAUGUCUUUACAAAUGUUAGUUCCAUGCUCAUUUAAAUCGAAUGAAGAACAUGCUUCCCCCAAAAUUGCUUGUAUCACGUGACUGCGGGUUUGGAAAAUACAUAAAACUGAUAAAAGACAGCAUAUGUCAAC